CUAUAUGCGACUAGUUUGGAGGAGGCGACGUACUUAUGACGUGGCAGCUUGAAUACACGUUGCUGUGUUCCGGGAGCGUGCAUGUAGGAUGGCGGUGCUUCUGGAGACCACUCUGGGAGACAUUGUUAUUGAUUUGUACACGGAGGAAAGACCUAGAGCUUGUUUAAACUUCCUGAAACUGUGCAAAAUCAAGUAUUAUAAUUACUGCCUCAUACACAAUGUACAGAAAAAUUUCAUUAUACAAGCUGGUGAUCCCACAGGUACAGGAAGAGGCGGAGAGUCUGUGUUUUGUAAAAUCUAUGGAGACCAGGCAAGUUUUUUUGAAUCUGAAAAAGUGCCAAGAAUUAAACACAAAAAGUUUGGAACAGUGUCAAUGGUAAAUGAUGGAAAUGAGCAGCAUGGAUCACAGUUUCUUAUCACCGCUGGGGAAAAUCUUGAUUACCUAGAUGGAGUACACACAGUAUUUGGUGAAGUAACAGAGGGCAUGGAUGUGGUGAAGAAAAUUAAUGAGACCUUUGUGGAUAAAGAUUUUGUUCCUUACCAAGAUAUUAGAAUAAAUCAUACCGUGAUUUUAGAUGAUCCCUUUGAUGAUCCUCCAGGAUUAGCCAUCCCUGAUCGUUCCCCAGAACCCACCAAAGCACAGCUUGACAGCGGUAGAAUUGGUGCAGAUGAGGAUAUAUGUGAUGACAAAGGAAAGACUGCUGAAGAAAUUGAAGAAAUUAUUGCAGAAAAAGAUGCCAAAACACAGGCUGUUCUUUUGGAAAUGGUUGGUGAUAUACCUGAUGCAGAAAUCAAACCUCCUGAAAACGUGCUGUUUGUUUGUAAGAUAAAUCCUGUUACUACAGAUGAAGAUCUGGAGAUUAUCUUUUCAAGAUUUGGAGCCAUAAAGAGCUGUGAGAUUAUACGUGACUGGAAGACUGGAGAGUCACUUUGUUAUGCGUUUAUCGAGUUCGAAAAGGAAGAAGACUGUGAAAAAGCAUAUUUUAAGAUGGAUAAUGUCUUAAUUGAUGAUCGACGAAUACAUGUAGAUUUCAGCCAGUCUGUUGCAAAAGUGAAAUGGAAAGGAAAAGGAGGAAAGUAUACAAAAGAGGAUUUUAAAGAAUAUGAAAACGAUGCAGACAAAAUUGCCAAAUUUGCUCUGAAAUACAGCGCCAAACCUAAACAGGAUGACAAAUAUGAACUGUUGCUGGAUGAAGAAGAAUCAAGCAGCAAACGAAGGCAUUCUGUGAAAAAACAGAAAGACAGAAAGCACCACCAUAUGUCUGAUGAUGAAGAUGAGAAGAGAAUAAAAAAAUCUAAGGAUUCAGAGAAGGAUGGUCGAGACUAUAACCGAGAGAGGAGAUGGAGCGAGAAGAAAGAAUAUGAAGAAAGCCAUAGCCGUUCUCAUUCCCAUGGCAGCUACUACAAAUCCAAAGAAAGGCACAGAGAGGAAACAAAGAUUAGAGAAAAGAGGAGAGACAGGAGUCCGAAACAUUAUAAGGAUAAGUCUAAAUACAGAGAAAGGGACUGAGGAAAGUAACUCAAUAACAGAAUCUUUUGUCAAAUUAACGCAGUUAGAAACUCUGCUAAAAAAAAAAAAAAAGUAGUGAAAAUUCAUUAUAAAUAAAAUAUUUUAUCUUACUUGA